UCUUAUGAUCACCUGUGAGGGGCGGGACAUCCGCGUUGGAUGGAUGGAGGAGGGAGGCGCACAACUCUAGAUCUACACCCGCGCGGAGAGGCUCUGCUCUCGGGAUGUGCGUUAUCGCCACAGAGACCCUCGACUGAAAUGGAGAAAUAAAACGCCAUGCAUCCAAAACAAUCGCGGAUACCGACGCUGUCGCCUUAUUCCGGGCAUUAAGAGCCGUAUCGCCGCGUAAUUAGCUGGAGGGAGGAGGAUUAAAGCAAAGGGGGUCGAUCAUGGGGAAUGAAGCGAGCCUGGAAGGUGGCGAAGGGGCGCUCGCUGGAUUACCAGCGGGACUCGCACCUGACGGGAAGGGUGGCUUCAUCCAGAUGUCUACAGGGGUGGAGGCAGACCUCAGUAAUCUGUCAGAGGAGGAAAGAAAGCAGCUUGUGGCCGCUAUGGCCAAAGCGCAGUCCAGGCCACCAGAGGCUCAAGCUGGUGGCACCAGAGUCCCAGCAGGUCUCAGUAAAAGUCGGACUGUAGAUGCAUUUGGAGAGGGGCCGCCUCUCAAGCCAAAACCUGGACGGAGCCCCUCCUCCCUCAGCCUUCUUGAAUCACGUUUCCGGCAGGAGCCCAAAGACCCAGAACAACCACGAGCCGGCAUGUUCUCAUCUGGUUUCUUAAGUGGGGCCAACCCCCUGAGUGCAGUUUCUUCUGCUGUCUACUCUGCCAGCAUCCCAAAAUUUAGUUUGUUUGGUGAUGAUGAGGAAGAGGAGCCUGCAAAGCAAAAAGGAAAACCUCCUGGUCCACAGAGUGGAGCAGGGAAGGGUCCUCUGCAGCAAGGGGGUAAGCCACCACAACAAGGUCCACCUAAAGGACAGGCGCCUGAAGGUAAGCCUGGAGGUCCUGGUCCCCAACAACAAGGACCCAAACCUAGUGGACCAGGACCACAACAAGGACCCAAACCUGGGGUACCAGGAGCUCAACAGCAGGGACCUAAACCUGCAGGACCAGGACCUCAACAGCAAGGACCCAAACCUGGAGGACCAGGCCCCCAGCAACAAGGGCCGGGGAAACCUGGUCCAGGGGUUGCAGGAAAACCCAGUGGACCUCAACAGCAGGGUAAACCUGGGCCAGGGGCUCAGUUGGAAGGGCCUGGUAAAGCUGGGCCUGCUCAAAGGAAAGCAUUGUGUCCACUUUGUAAUUCCACAGAGCUGAAUGUGCAGGCCAAAGACCAGCCACCUAACUACAACACCUGCACUCAGUGCAAACAGCAAGUGUGCAGCCUGUGCGGCUUCAGUCCACCAGACUCAGCGGGUAAGGAAUGGUUGUGUCUGAACUGUCAAAUGCAGCGGGCAGUGGGGGGCAUGGAGCCUCCUGGACCUUCAAUGAUGAAACAGCCCCCCAAGCAGGGUUCUGCACCUCCCUCCCCACAAAGGAAAGAGCCACCGUCUGGGUCUCCCUCUAAGGGUGAGACAGGGAAGAAGCCCCCAAUGUUGACCAAACAACCGAGUAUUGCUGAUACGGGGAAAGGAAGUACACCUCCAACUACACCAAAAUCUGGACCACAACAGGGACCUCAGCCUGCACAACUAGGGGCCAAGCGUGGGCAGCCUCCACCUCUUCAAAAACCUUCACAGAGCCCAAAAGGUAGUCCUCAGCCUUCUCCUGCAAAAACUACUCCAAAACAGGAUGGAGGGGGCUUUUUUGGGGGAUUUGGUCUGGGUGGAUUGGCAGAGGUGACAAAACCCUCUGCAGGUGCCCAGGCUACUGAGUCAGUCACAGGGAAACUCUUUGGUGGUUUUGGUGGGUCGUCCAAACCUCAGGCCAGCUCUGCUGCUCAGGCCAGUGAGUCGGUCACAGGAAAACUCUUCAGUGGGUUCGGUGGGCUCACAGAGUCGGCUAAACCUACGGCAGCAAGUUCUCAGGCUGCCGAGAGUGUGUCUGGAAAGAUGUUUGGUUUUGGCUCUUCCAUCCUGAGCUCUGCCACCAAUCUCAUUUCUGGGGAGGAAUCAAAGUCUCCCCCAAAAUCUCCUCCAGGAUCGCCCCCUGAAUCCCCCGUUGGGUCUGAAGCAGGCUCCCCUCCUGUAUCCCUCCCUGACUCAGGCUCAGAGUCACCUCCCGAUACACCACCUGUUUAUUCCAAAGAAACAGCAUCUUCCAAACCUACAGCUGCUGAAGGAAUAUCAUCAGCGGACAUGCCCCCUCCAAAAUCGACAGAAGUAGAGGGGUCUCCGACUCAAGUUUCAGGCUCUGAGGCCCAGUCCUGCUGUCCACUAUGUAAAGUGAAGCUGAAUGUGGGUUCAGGAGAGUCACCCAAUUAUUGCGCCUGUACAGAGUGCCAGAAGACUGUGUGCAACCUGUGUGGAUUCAACCCCACUCCACAUCUCUCAGAGAAAGAAUGGCUCUGCCUAAACUGCCAGACCCAAAGGGCUCUGUCUGGGCAACUUGGGGAUAUGCCACCUCCACCUUCUCCAUCCAAGUUACCAGCCAAACACGAACCCACCCCUCCAUCCUCCCCAGCCUGUGCUGCAUCCUCCACCCCUUCCUCUCCUGCACCUACUGCCACUGCUAACCUUGCCAAAGGGCUAAAACGGAUGCCCAGCAUAUCUCAGGCCCCAGCUGAAAAGUCUGAGCCAGUCUCAGCCAAAGUUGAUGCUAAAGAUGUAAAAAAUACAGAUGCAGAACAAGGGGUUACAGCAGAGCCAGUACCGAAGAGUACACAGAACAAAGAAGUGGCUGCUGUCCCAGUGAAAGAGAGUGAGCUACUGAGGGAGCCUGGUGAGAAAGAUAAAGAAAGCAGUCCCACGAGCCCUUCAGACUUGGCCAAGUUGGAAAGCACCGUCCUUCCAAUAUUAGAGGCUCAGACAACAUCUAAAGAGGAAUCACAAACUGAAACUCCAAAGGUCAAGCGUCGACUGGAGGUGUUGCCGAUAUCUCCAGAACCCAGCUCAGAGGAUGGCCAACAUGGAGAAAUUCAAAAGCAAAAGAUUGAUGCACCAAGAAAAGAGCGGAAAAAACUUCUGGUUCCAACUGAUAUCCAAGGAGAUUCUUUUGAGGACAGUAGUGAGGGAGAACCUUCACCUAAACUGCAAAAGAAAAAGACUGUUGGAGAUAAGGAAGUAGAAAUGGAGAGUCCUAUGGACGAGGAGGAUUUCAUCCGGAAGCAGAUCAUAGAGAUGAGUGCAGAUGAGGAUGCAUCACCAUCUGAUGAAGAAAACCUUGCCAGACGAAAAAUUAAAGAUCAAGAGAAGUCGCAAAUGAAACAAAAUGCAAAGAAAGAUGAAAAGAACAAAAGUGAGUCAUGCAAAGGGAGACGCCAUCUCAAAAAGAGCAGUAUCAGUCCAGAAGAUGAGCCUGAACGGAAGAGUAUUAUCUCUGUAACUAAAAUUGAAGAACUAGCUAAAGGGGAACAACCUUCAGUAGACAAUGGAGCUGGCAUACGACAUUUCAAAACAAUUGAACUCAACAGUACAGCAACUGUACGUCAGACAUCAGAUGAUGGUGAGCUAGAGAGCCUUACAGACUCUCCUGAUGACAGGUCAAGAGGUGAAGGCUCUUCCAGUUUACUUGCAUCCAGUUUUACCCCAGGAACAUCUCCAACAUCUUUGUCUUCUCUUGAUGAAGACAGUGACAGCAGCAGCCCAAGUCAUGUUCGGUCUAGUGGUGAGGGCAAACAGCAGAGGAAAGCAAAGCACCGGCAGCCAGGUCAGAUGCUUCCUACUAUUGAGGAUUCAUCAGAGGAAGAGGAGCUGCGAGAAGAAGAAGAGCUUCUGAGAGAACAGGAGAAGCAGAAGGGCACAGGAAAAAAGUCAAAGAAAGACAAAGAAGAGAUACGGGCACAGAGAAGGAGAGAAAGGCCCAAAACUCCACCAAGCAACCUCUCACCAAUUGAGGAUGCAUCUCCCACGGAAGAGCUACGACAGGAAGCAGAGAUGGAGGAAUUCCGCAGGUCUUCCUGCUCAGACCUCUCCCUAAGCAUGGAGUCAGAACCAGAGAGCUUUGAGAUUCUUCCUGAGAAGAUUGUUGCUGUCCAAAAAGUUUAUCAUUUACCAACUUCAGUCUCACUGUACUCUCCAACGGAUGAGCAACACAUUGAUAGUCAGUCCAAAGAAAAAAGAAAGCAUACAUUAAGAAGUGCGGAUGAGGCAUAUGAAGAGAUUAUACUCAAGGUUAAAUCUCCAACUAAUGAUGGAAAGGAACAUCCACCUGGUAAAGAAUCGCUUUAUGGGGGCAUGCUGAUAGAAGAUUAUGCAUAUGAGUCUCUUGUUGAUGAUGCAUCCCAUGAGCAGGAACCAGAUAAACCUUUUGUGUCAGAGAAACCCAAAAAAACCCUGAGAUCACCUGAUGAGGUUUAUGAGGACAUGAUGCAAAGAAAGAAAGAGAUGAUGCUUAAUGAACAGGAGAUAACACAUAGUAAGCCAGUACAAGAUGUUCCUAAAGCAGAAACUGUGUUUCCUGAUACUGACUCAAACAAAGAGCAAAGCACUAUGUCAUCAAGCAUCACAGGUCAGUCCGGAAAGAAUGGAAAACCAUUAUUAGAUGCAGAAACUGCCUAUGAAGAACUUAUGAAGAAGCAAAGAGCAGUACUAACUCCAGGAACCAGUCCAACUCAAGCAGGCCCUGAUCUGAAUGGCAUGGCACAAGGGACAGCAAUAGCUCAAGUUGAAAAAACCGAGCCAGCUCCCCUACGAAGAAUACUGCCUAUACCUGAUCUGAGAGUGACACAGUGCUCAUCAGGUGAAGAGGAAUCUGGUGACGAGAGCAUUGCUGAUCAAGCUCAGGACUCUAAGAAAGCUACGGUUUCAGUUACAAAGACUGAACCAGAACCACUUGUGAAUGAGGCUUUCCAUACAACAUCAGCCUCAGAGCCAGUCGUAGGUGAUUUGUCACUACAAAGAGAAGUAACAUUGCCUGCAGUAUCAACUGAUUCACAGGAUGCCACAGAGAAAGAUGCAGGAAUUGAGCAGACAGGUGUUGUUGACUUGUCCAAGUCAUGUGCCUCUAGUCAAAUUGACUCUUUUACAGCACCAGUUCCUAGUGUAAUUUCAAGACCAUCGGCCCCAGUAGUUGUAAGUGUAUCACCUUUGCCCAUAGUACCACAUUAUAUAGUAUCCACUAUACCUAGUGUUGUAUCAACUGCUCCACCAGUUCCUCCCAAACCAGUAGUACUACGCAGAGCUGCAUCUCUGGAAAAAGCAGACAUUCCAGUUCCUCCACCCUUACCCCCUCUAACACUACCCAAACCCUCUAUGUAUCCUAAAAAGACUCCACCACAGGUCCCCCCAAGAAGUACUCCAGUUGGCAUGUCAACCACAGGGGACAGUGUACCAGUAAGACAGCCUCUCUCUCCAGGCUAUAAGCCCCAUGUUCCUCCUCCUGUACCACCUAAGCCAUCCUCUAUCCCUGCAGGCCUAACCUUCAGUCACAAACCUGGGGAGACUGUUAAACCACCCAUAGCUCCCAAACCCAUAGCUGGUGCUCAGCCACCCUUUACUGCCCACACACCUGCAAGACCUUCCAUACUGAGUACAAGCAGUGCAGAUAGUGUCCUUAAUCUAAGUCCUUCUGCCGAAAGUAAGACCACAUCUCCUCUCAAGUCCCCUACAUCCCCCAGGUUUGGCAAGGUUUUACGUGACACAUAUGUUGUUAUUACUUUGCCAUCUCACCCCGGUUCACCUACAGAAGGUAUCACAACCCAAGCCUCAAUAAGUCCUAGCCAAGAAUCACUUCAGAAACCACCUCCACAUUCACAAACAACUAGAGUACCGUUGGCAUUCAAUCAAAUUACUGAAUCUAUUGAAAGUCAAGAAAUAUGUGGUCCAGAGAAGGUAGUUUCUAGCAUGAGUCAUGUCUACGAGGCUAUUUCAGCCUCAACGCAGCCUCAGUCAAUUAUUCCAAAUGUUGGUGUUCAGGUAGUUACCACUGAAGUCCAAAGAACCACAGUGUCAGUUGUGCAUGAAAGAACACCUCCUCCACAUCCCAUUCCAAGAGCCACUGGCAUCUCUGUUGAUCAAGUAAAUAUAAAACCUGAACCAGUUCAAGUGCAGAAUGGUCAUGCCUACCAUCCUGGUGAGGUGGUGGAUCUCCGAACCCCAAAGAUAGAUGCAGAGACAUCCAUGAAAGGAGUGGAUCUGUCUUCCUCUGAGUCAAGACGACAGUCCCUUGCUAUUGAUAGUGGUGGACAUCAGCAAAGUGCUGUGCAGUCAUCUGUAGUGAACCUAAGCACUGAUACUUCCUCAGUAUCAGUGGUUACUGACAACAUCACCAUCCUCACAUGCACAGCCACUGUAGCUUAUGGUAGUGAUGCAUCUCUGUCUACAUCAAUGCCUCUCCAACUUACAACAGCUAAAUCCUUUGAGCCUGUGUCUCAAAUUAUUUACAAGCCUGUGGAUUCUCAACCAGAGAAACCCAUAAAUCUCUCUACAACAAUGGGUAAAACUGUUCCUGUAACAAUGGCUCCUACGAUUGCAAGCAAUGGCAUUGGUGCAACUAUACCCCCUCGUCUAGAAACGGGCUUAUCUGGUGCAGUUGACCUCACCACAGUAAAACCUGCACAGACUGUGGUUGCAAUGAAUGGGUCCACUGCAGAGGUGGUUACUGCUGUAAUUACAGAGGAUGAUGGAAAACCAGUAGAUCUUACUGCCGGAAGAAGAGCAGUCUGCUGUGAUGUAGUCUACAAUCUUCCUUUUGCAAGCAGCUGUACAACUCAGCAGCCCUCAGCUCCAUUACCAGAGGAUCGCUUUGGCUACAGAGAUGACCAUUAUCAAUACGAUCGUACUCCUUAUGGUAUGAGAGGUCUUGGUGGCAUUAAACCCUCGAUGUCGGACACAAACUUGGCAGAGGCUAGUCUCUUCCUAUAUAAAAGUAAGCAUAGUUAUGAUUACAAGGAGGCCACUGAAGGUGCUGUAGACCUGACAUCUGGAAAAAUCUCGGUGGCAGGUAAAGCUGUAAACUAUUCGAACAAGUCUACAGGAGUGUGCACUGUAAUGACAGUUCCACAGUACACUCAAGGCAGGAUUACUUCAGAAGUUGGAACCCACUAUGGUGUUUCUAGUGUCCUAAGAUCUUCCAAUGGUAUUGUUUAUUCUUCUGUAGCAGCACCAGUUCCUUCUACGUAUGCCAUAACCACCCAGCCUGGCUCUAUCUUCAGCACAUCCUACAAUACUAUAUCAGGCAUGCACACAAGUGAUACUAUGCCAUCACUGUCAACUCUACAGAAUCAAACUCUCACUAGAUCGCACAGCUUUCUUUCAGCAAUUGCUGUAACCACUGCAGAAGAACAAAGUGACUUACCAUUAAAUCUGGAGACUGUUGUUUCAAAGGCUGGCCUUUCCACAGCUCUCUCAGAUGUAGUUGCUACAGUCACCACAGUGGCAGCAAUGGAUACCUACACAAAUGCUUCACUUGAGGCAAUUGCAGCCUCUUUAGAAGCUCUAUCUUCACCCUUGGUUCCAGGAGAUGGACAGUACCAGAUGGAGCGUGAGCUUCUUGAGCUAGAGAAGAUGAAGCAGCAUCGCUUGGCUGAAGAACUUGAGUGGGAGAGACAGGAGAUACAGCGGUUCCGUGAACAAGAACAGUUUUAUGUGCAGAAGGAGCUGGAAGAACUUCAGGCCAUGAAACAGCAAAUACUAUGUCAGCAAGAAGAGGAGAGACAGGCCCACCUUUUGAUGCAAAAGGAAACUUAUGCUCAGCAACAGGAGCAGUUAGAGCAGAUCCAGAGACUCCAAGAACAGCUCAGACAGCAGUUGGAGGAGCAGAAGUUCAGGCAGAUGUAUCCAGGUGAAGUCCUGCCAGAGGCUCUUGUUGUGGCGGGAGAACGAAAAAUGGACAGUGGCUGCCAGACUGAUGAGGAGGAUAAUACUGAAAAGGCCUACACUGUAGGAAGGAAAAAGAAAAGUACAAAGAAAAGUGUUGAUAGCUGUGUACAGACAGAUGAUGAAGACCAAGAUGAAUGGGAAGUUCCUGCUCGAGGCAGGCGCAGUAGACCACGUGGUGGUAAAAAUGGCAUGGGUGAAAGAGGAGCUGUUUCAGUUCAGGCCCUAACUGAAAUCUCUGUACAAACAGACUCCUCAGGAACACUUAGGGGGCACUCUGUGCAGGUAGAUACUAGAGUAGAUUAUCCUGACUCUGAUAGAACGUCCUCUCCAAAGAGACGUCCCACUCCACUUGAUAUAGGUCAGUCUCCUCACCUCAAAGCAGAUGCCUCUACACUUCAGGUUGUCCAAGGUCCUCCCAAAUCCCCAAAAGUACUGUACUCUCCAAUCUCCCCUUGUGUAUCCCCUAGCAAAUCCCUUGAGUAUUUGUCCUAUGAGAAAUCCCUUGGAGACACAAGCCCACAGAGAAUACACUCUGCCACAGAUUUAUCCAAAGGUCCACCAAGUCCUAGGGCUCCCAACGUCAUACAAAGGUCAAUGUCUGACCCCAAACCCAUGAGCCCAACUGCAGAAGAAAAGGCAGCAGCAAAUGUCCAGUAUUCUGAGGGUUACUCUGGAAAGGAAUCUCCAAGUGCAACUCCAUCUGGCACCCAAAAGAAAGUUAAGAGAACCCUUCCUAACCCACCUUCAGAGGAAGAAGCUGUUAACGCUGGUCAAACAGCCUACAGCACUGGCUCAGCUCGUCGCCGUCUCUGCCGGAGCACUAACAUGGCACGGGCAAAAAUCCUGCAGGACAUUGACCGUGAACUAGACCUGGUUGAAAGGGAAUCCUCAAAACUGCGUAAAAAGCAAGCUGAACUGGAUGAGGAAGAAAAGGAGAUUGAUGCCAAGCUGCGUUACCUGGAGAUGGGCAUUAACCGAAGAAAGGAGGCAUUGCUCAAAGAAAGGGAGAAGAGGGAAAGGGCCUAUCUGCAGAGUGUUGCAGAGGACCGUGACUACAUGUCUGACAGUGAGGUGAGUAACAUUCGUGAAACAAGAGUUGGAGAGGAGGUCAGUGGACAUGGGCUUGAGAGACCACGUACUGCACCACAGUCAGAACUUGAUGAAUUUGUUCCUCCACAGACCAAGCAUGACCAGUAUAGAAAAUAUUCCCAGUACCAAUACCCACAGUACCAGCAGUCCCUGUACCAGCCUCAGUCGCCAUACCAAUCCCAGUCCAUCUACUCUUCAGUUCCUUCUCUGACUGCCUCACAGCAACAGAGCUACCACCAAAUGCUCUUGCUUCAGCAGAAAGCCAGACAACAAGCUGCUCUCCUCUCUGAAUUAGAUUCUACCAAAAUUGCCACCAACUAUGACACAUCAUCUUACUUGGGAGGAAAAUAUAGUAACCACCUUGACUUGCAUAGCCUAGAAGAGCGUGCUGGAAGCAUGGCAGUCAGUCCUAUGUCAAAUGUAUCUGCUGACUCCUUCUAUGCGGACUUAGACCAACAUCAAACACCAAGGAGCUAUAUGAUUUUAGAAGAUGCAGCAGAACUGGCAAAAAGCACUGGUAGCCUUUCAUCUGCCAGCUAUGGCAUUGCUGAGAGGGAGCUAGCCAAAGCAGAGCGUCUUCUGAGACACACUGCUGCAGAUGUUGGUACAGACUACCUGGGCAGCUCCUCCAGACUUCACUCCUAUGGUAAGGCUCAAGAUGAAGAGGACCCAAUGGAAGAGCCAUUUGAACUAAAGCUUUUAAAACAACAACUGAAACAGGAGUUCCGGAGAAGCACAGGGGGCACUGAAAGCUUAGAGCAGCUUGCUGGACUCUCACAUCACUAUACCCCCAGCACUGGAGUGUCUAGUGGAGGCUACAGGGCCUUCCCCAAAACUGAAAAGUACAGCAUCAGUAGACUGACCUUAGAGAAACAGGCUGCCAAGCAACUUCCAACAUCUAUGCUCUACCAGAAACACAAAAACACCAGCAACAUAGGCAAGUACUCCUCCAUCCAGGAUAGCACGGCUCUAGAAACAGACUAUAGUAGUUACUUGGGGUCCAGUAGUGCUUCUCCCAGAUCAAGCAGACUUCUGCAGGAUGAAAUCACCUUUGGGUUACGCAAGAACAUUGCCGAACAGCAGAAAUACCUGGGCUCCACUCUUGGGGCCAAUCUGGCAGGUUCACUCAAUCUGGGCCAAAGCUUAAAUCUGAGCCCAGGCAUGAGGUCCUCUUUGGGAGAAGACUCUGCUUACCCUAGUGGAAGUAGGUCACGGCCUUCUUCUAGACCCUCCUCUGUGUAUGGCCUUGACCUGUCCAUUAAAAGAGAUACCUCAAGUUCAUCUCUGAGGCUCAAAGCAGAAGGUGACCCCUCCUCAGACACCUCAGCUUUCCAGGCUCCAUCAGGCAGGUCAAAACCUACAAGCCUGCCCAUUGUACAAGGUGGGCGUGGACGUAUUCCUAUUGUGGCACAGAAUUCAGAGGAAGAGAGCCCACUGAGUCCAGUGGGUCAGCCAAUGGGUAUGGCACGGGCAUCGGCAGGUCCGCUCCCACCCAUAUCUGCCGACUCCCGUGAUCAGUUUGGGUCAUGUCUGUCCCUCCAAGACCCUCAACAGCAGCAUCUUAGAGAAGAUCCUUCAAGAGGGCGUGGCUAUGUGAUAAUGGAUGAUCUGCAGGGCACCAUGUCUGAUAGUGAAGCACUAAGUGAAUCCCUGGUGGGUUUGAGCAGAGACGAUCCAGGAAACUCACAUGAGAAUGUCACAAACGCUUACCACCUGCGACGGGAGGAAACUGACUGGUUUGAUAAACCACGAGAUGUACGCACAGAGAACGGACAAGGGGAUAGAAGACAGGGAAAGUCAGCACACUACCCGUUUCCUCAUGCCAGAAUUAAACUACAGAGGGAUCCCAAAGAUCGUAGUGUAUCAGGAAACGGACUGGGCAUCCGUGUGGUUGGAGGAAAAGAGGUCCCGGGCAGCAAUGGGGACAUUGGUGCGUAUGUUGCCAAAGUAUUACCUGGAGGAGCUGCGGAACAGACGGGGAAGAUUGUGGAAGGAAUGCAAGUUCUGGAGUGGAACAGCAUUUCCUUGACUAGUAAGACGUACGAGGAGGUGCAGGGUCUGGUUGGUCACCAGUUUGGAGAGGCAGAGAUAUGUCUCAGACUUGACCUAAAUAUGCUGUCUGAUUCUGAAAGUUCCCACCUAGACCUUCAAGACCAGGCCAAAGGAGACAGACCUCCGCGGUCACCAGGUGUGGACCCUAAGCAGCUGGCUGCCGAGCUGCAGAAAGUGUCCCAGCAGCAGGUGCCGUCCUCCUCUGCAUCAGCACUGGAUAAAGCCUCAGCGUCCACUGGCUCCAGUGCAGUUCCUAGCCCUGGCCAGCCUGGUUCACCCUCUAUCAGCAAGAAACGUCACAGCAAGACCUCUGAGGCUGCAAAAACUCAGUCCCACCCAGUGUCAGGAGAGAUCCAGCUUCAAAUAAAUUACGACAAACAGCUGGGAAAUCUCAUCGUCCAUGUUCUUCAAGCACGAAAUCUGGCACCCCGGGACAAUAAUGGCUACUCAGAUCCGUUCGUUAAAGUUUACUUGCUGCCGGGUAGAGGUCAGGUCAUGGUUGUGCAGAAUGCCAGUGCUGAAAACAAAAGAAGGUCCAAACAUGUUCAGAAGAGCCUGAACCCAGAGUGGAACCAGACUGUCAUCUACAAAAAUAUCCACCUGGAACAGCUAAGAAAGAAGACACUGGAGGUCAGCGUGUGGGACUACGACAAGAGCUCUGCCAAUGACUUCUUGGGAGAGGUACUAAUUGACCUGUCCAACACUGCCCAACUGGACAACGUCCCACGCUGGCUGCCUCUGAAGGAGCAGAGCGAGGGCGAGCAUCACCGGCGUUCUCACUCGGGACAGGGCCGCCAGCACUCGCCCAAACCCCCCGUAGGACACGGGGGCCAGCAUUCCCCAAAAACCUCCGGUCACAGCAAGGAGGACUCGCCCAAAUCCUCGGUCAUCAAGAGCCGUAGUCACGGAAUCUUCCCUGACCCUGCCAAGGACACGCAGGUCCCUACAAUUGAGAAAUCUCACAGUAGCCCCAGCACGUCGAAGCCAUCCCUCUCCGAGGGCCAAGCUGGCCCCCACGGAGGCCCCCGUGCUCAUGGCAAAAGUGGCACGGCCCGGGCACACCUUGACGAUGCCGCGGCAACGGCCGAAGCUGUCGGCCAGCAGCCCCAUCUCCAACCAACCCAAAAUGGCUGCCUCGACCCGAGGCACCACAGGCACAGCGUAGUUGGUGUGCUCACCAUUCAGAGAGCCCCGUCCGAGUCGCCGGCCAAUGAGAUCCCUGACAGCCGUCACCUGACCCUCAGGAAAGCCAUGUCUGAAGAGAGGCCGCAGCCGGACGGAGUGUCCCGCAGCCAUAGAUCUGGUGAUGCUCCUGUUACUGCAGCCUCAUUGGACAGCGGUCUGAGUGGCAGUGCCUUUAGCCUGUUGGAUGAAGAGGGCGGGACCAAUGCAGUAGAUGGUGCUGUCUUCCAGGUCCCCAGAUUUGGAAAGAUUCCAAACGGCACAGAAGCUGUGAAAUCCGCUCAUGGCGAUACAGAGGGUAAGACUCAGGUGAUGGGGGAGAUAAAGAUUGCCCUGAAGAAAGAGAUGAAGACAGAGGGAGAACACCUGGUGCUUGAGAUCCUACAGUGCAGAAACAUCACCUACAAAUUCAAGUCUCCAGACCACCUCCCGGACCUGUAUGUGAAGCUCUAUGUGGUGAAUGUGGCCACUCAGAAAAGAAUCAUCAAGAAGAAAACCAGAGUGUGUCGUCAUGAUCGUGAACCGUCUUUCAACGAAACUUUUCGCUUCUGCAUGAACCCUACAGGUCAUUCCAUUCAGCUCUUUCUUGUUUCAAAUGGAGGCAAGUUCGUAAAGAAGACCCUAAUCGGUGAAGCCUAUGUGUGGCUGGAUAAGGUAGACCUGCGGAAACGGGUGGUGAGCUGGCACAAGCUGCUGGCCAGCACAGCUCAGAUCCACUCCUAAAGACGGCGGUCAGAUGAGGCGCGAGGACAGACCAGGCAGUGGAGUCUCACAUCUCUGCCGCACUCUUUGGGACUAAACUGAGGGCCGAUACAGGGAGCUUCCCUAUUGCACUGGCAUGUAUGAUUGUGUUAAUCCAAGCCAUGGAGAAACAGGUGUAUAAUGGUGUUUACAGAAAGGAUCUGACCCUUAGUGACAAGAUGCAGAUCUUUACGUUGGGAAAAGCUAAAAAAAUUGAGCUGGAGAUUCACACAGUGUGUUCAUACCUAUAUGUGUACAUGCACUUUCACAAUCACUCACACUUAUCCACACAUAUUUAUACAGAUGUAUGUAUAAUAAUAUGUGUACAUUGGGCCACAACCGACAGUUAGAUGAUAGAGUGAAAGUAUAUUUAUUUCAAAGUAAUUUUUCCCGUUUGUGCAUUAUUCAUAUGAGAACUAUUAUUUACAGAUAGAGACGGAUAUCAUAUACAUUAUUUUUGUAUGAUAGAGACAAAUUCAGUUUUAGAUAUUUAUCGUUAUUUUACAUUCCCUCUCAGAUGUUAUUAUGUGUUGAAAGACCUGAUAUUUAAAGCAUAUUAUCAAUGGAUUAGAAGAAUAUUUUAUGGUAUAUUAUAGACAGAUUUAAAUGAAUGAAAUAUGAUUUAUUGGGUGUUGUGAUGACUCUUUGUGUCAGUAUGGUUAUUUCCACUCACAGAAGUAAUACUUUCAUCUUUCGCUGUGUGAUACUGAAUUCAUCAAAGUCAGAGAAACAGUUUCAAAGCUCUAGGAAUCAAGAAGCAGAUAAUUACAAUGAAUUUAAAUGUUUAAGAAAACUGCCGGUCUUAUAUGACUCACACAGAAAUGAAUGGGAAAUUGAAUAGAAAGUGUUCGCUGAUUAUGAUUUGCUAUCUCAUUUGAUGUAUGUGACGGUCGAAAUAUCUCCAAUUUUCAGCAGCAUCAGUUGUCAAAUCCAGCACUGUUAUAUAAUUUGCACUUUGUGUCUAGCAUUUUACGAAUGUAGGUUGGUAGCUUUUUCUGAGUUUUCCUCAGAACAUCAAAAACAUCCUGCCAUUUAAAAGAGUCAAACACUGUCAAUCCCCUACAUACUCAUAUGCAUCUAUCUCUCUUAAAUACUCAAGGAUUAGAUUGAAUGGGUCAGUGUAGUGUCUGUCCGCAUCAUAUUGCUGAUACAAUGUUGAUAUUAUGUUUUAUUUAAAAAAAUAAAAAAUAAAAAAACUCCUAAACACUCAGGUUUCGAUGAAAAAGACUUGCUUA